GCUGAGCUGGGUGGCCGGCGCGGGGCCGCAGGGGGCGCGGGCCGGGGCCGGGGCCGGAGCGAAGCCGGAGCCGAGCCGGGGUCGGGCCGAGGAGCGGGGAGCCGGGCGGGGAGCAGCCAUGGCGCCGCGCGGGGCCGGGGCGCGCGCCACUGCGGGCGGCCUGGGCUCCGAGUAGCCGGGCCGGGCCGGAGCGCGGGCGGCGGCGGCGGCGGUGGCGGCGGCGGCGGAGGCAGCUGCGCCCGCGCCCCUCGCCCUCCAGGCCCCGCGCCCCGUGCCCGGGCCGCCGGCGAUGGUGACACAUGCGGCGGCGGCGCGCCGGCGGCAGGACCAUGGUUGAGCGCGCCAGCAAGUUCGUGCUGGUGGUGGCGGGCUCGGCGUGUUUCAUGCUCAUCCUCUACCAGUACGCGGGCCCGGGGCUGAGCCUGGGCGCGCCCGGCGGCCGCGCGCCACCCGACGACCUGGACCUCUUCCCCACGCCCGACCCGCACUACGAGAAGAAGUACUACUUCCCGGUGCGCGAGCUGGAGCGCUCGCUGCACUUCGACAUGAAGGGCGACGACGUGAUCGUCUUCCUGCACAUCCAGAAAACGGGCGGCACCACCUUCGGCCGCCACCUCGUGCAGAACGUGCGCCUCGAGGUGCCCUGCGACUGUCGGCCCGGCCAGAAGAAGUGCACCUGUUACCGGCCCAACCGCCGCGAGACCUGGCUCUUCUCCCGCUUCUCCACGGGCUGGAGCUGCGGGUUGCACGCCGACUGGACCGAGCUCACCAACUGCGUGCCCGGCGUGCUGGACCGCCGCGACCCCGCCGCGCUGCGCACGCCCAGGAAGUUCUAUUACAUCACCUUGCUGCGAGACCCUGUGUCCCGCUACCUGAGUGAGUGGCGGCACGUGCAGCGGGGGGCCACGUGGAAGACAUCGCUGCACAUGUGCGACGGGCGCACUCCCACGCCCGAGGAGCUGCCGCCCUGCUACGAGGGCACGGACUGGUCGGGCUGCACGCUGCAGGAGUUCAUGGACUGCCCCUACAACCUGGCCAACAACCGCCAGGUGCGCAUGCUGGCUGACCUGAGCCUGGUGGGCUGCUACAACCUGUCCUUCAUCCCCGAGGGCAAGCGGGCCCAGCUGCUGCUGGACAGCGCCAAGAAGAACCUGCGGGGCAUGGCCUUCUUCGGCCUGACCGAGUUCCAGCGCAAGACGCAGUACCUGUUCGAGCGGACGUUCAACCUCAAGUUCAUCCGGCCCUUCAUGCAGUACAACAGCACGCGGGCAGGCGGCGUGGAGGUGGGUGAGGACACCAUCCGGCGCAUCGAGGAGCUUAACGACCUGGACAUGCAGCUCUACGACUACGCCAGGGACCUCUUCCAGCAGCGCUACCAGUACAAGCGGCAGCUGGAGCGCAGGCAGCAGCGCCUCCGCAGCCGCGAGGAGCGCCUGCUGCACCGGGCCAAGGAGGCGCCGCCGCGGGGGGACGCCGAGGAGCCGGGCCGCGUGCCCACCGAGGACUACAUGAGCCACAUCAUCGAGAAGUGGUAGUGGAGGCCGGCAGGGGGAGGUGGGACCAGACAGACUGACCGACACACACCAGCCCCCUGAGCUCUGUGGGAGGAGGACCCCCAUCUGCUUGCCAAGAGGCAGAUGUGUCCUGAGCGGUCGAGGGAGGGGAAGGGGUGGGCUGGGUGGGUCGGCUCUUCCCACCCUCCCGGGCAGGGGACUGAGAAAUCAACGUGGGAACCCACUAGGUCAGAGGAAAGGCUGCUCGGAGGACACCCCACCAGGCCUGCGGGGCUGGGAGCAGGGGCAUCCCCACUGUCCCAGCCCCCACCUCACAGUCACAACAGCCGCAGGUUUGAAGACUAGAAAAAGCCAGUGCAGCGAAGGGUGGACCUGCCAGGCCAGGUGUGUGGCCACGCCCACCAGGCACAUGCCCUUCCGCCACCCAGC